GCUAGACACAAAUAAGUUCCAAAAAUACAUACUACUACGUAUAUACCAAUUGGGAAAGAUUUGAGCAAGUAGAAGAGGUGGAAACGAACUGCAGAAAAUAGCUUCGGGUCCAAUAUCAUUAACAUUUCUUAUAUAAGGUUGAAGUACAUUCAGCUAAGAUAAGGAUGCUGGGAUGGAAGGAGGCAUAGGAUUCAUGUGCAUAUCAUGCGCCUAUAAUGUCAUCUGAAGAUCCAAGUGAGCAUUCUGUGCAUGGAUCUGAACAUGCCAGCGCUCACCAUGAUGAAUACCAUGUUCCGAAUCCGUUCAUACAGCAGAUGACUGGACUGUUUCAGCAAAUCGUUCAAAAUGUGAUCCCGACUAAUAACGGAGACGCACGGGAGUCCAUUACGAUCGAGAAGCUAAAGAAGAAUGGCGCCUCCAUUUUCUUUGGAAAAAGGGGGGAUACUCCGGAAAUUGCUGAAUUUUGGCUUGAGCAAACUGCUCGAGUCUUAGAAGACUUACAAGUGCCGAUAGCCGAUCGCCCACGACAUGCUAUUAGUUUGCUACAACAUGGAGCCUACGAUUGGUGGAAAUCAGUACUUCUCAGACCUGAUCUACCGAGACCCGUGACGUGGGACUACUUCCAGGAACGCUUCAUAGAUCAAUUUGUCCCGGCCUGGUACCAAGAAGAACGAAAACGGCAGUUUAUGGAUCUGACACAAGGAUCCAUGACGGUGGCAGAGUAUGCAUAUGAAUUCCUUCGCCUGAGCAAGUAUGCUCCCGAUAUGGUAAGAAUGGAAGCUGACAAGUGCCGGAAAUUUGAGUAUGGGCUUAAUGAGGAAAUCGCUGGGCAGGUGGUUACCUUACGCCAUGUUAGCUUCACGUUGCUUGUGGGGGCCGCUCAAAGUUUUGAAGGGUGGCGCAGAAGAAAGACCACCAGGGGGACAUUUUCUUACUCAGCACCGCCAAUGAACUCGACAGGGAAGAGACAUGAAAGUGGAAAGGGAAAAUCUCAGAGUCGAUAUAAUGAAUCAUCUCGUGCCAAGUCCACGUCUGGUAGCAACAAACCUCGACCACCGGUUUCUCAGGUCAAAAGUGUCCCGCUAUGCUCGUUUUGUGGCAAACACCACAUCGGUGAAUGUAGAAAAGCCUCCGGAGCUUGUUUUCGUUGUGGCCAAAAGGGGCACAUGCUCCGACAAUGCCCUUUGCUUGUCACAGGUGAUGCCUCUUCAGCUCCAGUCCGCCCCACUCAGCCCCCACAGAUGAGCCAACAAACUCGUAUCCAAGGCAAUACUGGGAGCAACUCUGACACGGUAAACAGGCCUACACAGGGUCGUCCCCAGGCUCGGACUUAUGCCAUGCAGGCUAGAGAAGAGCAACCAGAGAAUGAUGUCAUUAUUGGUUGAAGUACAUUCAGCUAAGAUAAGGAUGCUGGGAUGGAAGGAGGCAUAGGAUUCAUGUGCAUAUCAUGUGUGUAUUGUUUAUGAAUAAACAAAUAAGAAGCAAGUUUGACUUUGAACUUAUCUGAUCAUUUUCGUUGUGUAAACGCUUCCGCAUAUUUUAAAUAUUUUGUGUUGUAUAAUAUUAAGUGAUUUAUGGCGAAUUGAUAUUUCAGGUAUCGAAAAAUAAGUU